CAUCAAGGAGCGGCCGCCAAAAAUGUUCGCUGGCGACCGCGACUUCGCAGUGAAGUCCAAUUAUGAUCAGCUUUUUUUUCAUCAUUGUUCCGAUUUGCUCCUGGUCUGUGUAAGAAAGUUAAGUAGUACUAACGUAAGUCACCACAAUCAAGAUCAUGUCGUGUCCGUUAUUUUUCCGGCUUCUCUGCGAAACACAAGGAGGGUGUAAGAUGGACCAUUGAGACGGGUGAGUUGACGAAUGAAAUUGAAGCAAAGUGAAGCGCAUUGCUCUAACCAAAAGGGUCAACCUUCAUGCCCGACGAGGACGGCGUCAACUGGCAGACGGAAAUGCUCGGGGAAAAUAUGGGGGAUGACAUAUUUUACACCUCGACGCAGUUUGCGCUCAUGCAGGGCGGCCGAGGCGGUGCAAAGGCCUGGAGGAGCGCAAAGAGACGAGAGGCUGGCAGCGGUUACUAUUCCUCCUCGAACGCAGCAGACGAUGCGGACUUUUUCCAAGACGGAGACCAGCAAUUAUGAAGUUCAGACAGACUUUCGUAGAGAUCUUUCAUCAGAGCGGCGCAGACCUCGGCUUUCGUCCGAUGCGUAUUUUAUCUGUUUGUGAUUUUUGAUUAUUCUAGAUUUGUGAUUGUUGUUUUUUGUGCCGGUGUCUAAGAUGUUACGGGGAUGACGUGGAGUUCCUGUACGAGGAUUCUGCAGGACUCUCUGACUUUGAGGAAGGUGCCGCGGGGCAGCACGGGAUGGCGCCGAAGAGCGCCAGCAGCCGUGGCGGACGUCCCAGAAGUAGCACGCUGACGCCACCGAAGCCGCCCUUGGUGGCGCUCACUGAAGAUGAGCCGGUUGGCUUCGAUCCCGGCGGGGGUGCGGUUGCCCCCGGAACAGCGGGACAACCGCAGGCGAAGGUCCGCAUAAAGCCGCCAGGAGUGAAGCUGGAAAACGAGAACUUCAUGACGGCCGACUGUUUUCACCCGGGCGAUUUCCUGAUAAGCAGUGCAGGCUCGGGGCCGGGGAGCGGCGGCUUCUACAAGGUGCAAGAGGGGGCCAGUGUGAUGCCAACUGUUCCCGGUUUCUUCAUCGAAAUCUCUAACGGAAGAAACGUCUAUUCUGAAGUCGGAAAGCGGUUGUGCGACGCAGUCGAAGGAAAGAAGCGGAGUAAUCAAUCAUGAUUAGCUUGAUUUCUGCCUACUUCGUUAUUGAAACUAAAUCUAAAUGCUAGGUUAGAAGGUAGCACAGAAAAACAGAUUACAUUUUGAUCACGUUGCUGAGCAACCUGUGACAAGAUGUUUUUCUCGUCAAUAAGAUGAUCGACCAUUAUGGAGGAGAUUGGAACUGGGGAAAUUUUGUAUCUGUACUACAGUCGUGCAGUAUCAACCGGGUGCGCGGCCCUCCGGGGACGAUGCGGCUUCGAGCGGGAACGGCAAGCCAGAGGUCCUUGCGAAUGGAGCAAUCGUGGUGGCUAAGGAGAAGCUAUCCAUGCUCAAAGUCGGUUACACAAAUUAAGAGUAGUUCUUUAAUAUGCGGGCGUUCUCUGUAGCGAAGGACGCCUGUAACAAGUGAACGAGUAGCCUCUUCCCAGACGCAGGUGUUGCUGUCGAGUAAACUACCAAGAGAAAUAAUUGUUCGAAGUAGAAGCGGACCCGGCCUCCCCUUACUCUUCCAUCGAGAUCGACAUCCAUGAUGAUUGUUACGCGAGUCAGCAUUCUGUUUGAGGAGCUAUCGCUAAUCGAUUGCGGUGCUGGAAUACAAGAAUGGUCGGUUUCAGUUCAGCACUGAGGGGGAAAUUCUGCAGAUGAUCAACCAGUUUCCGCGUGUAGAAAAUUACAAGACCUUUACGCAAGCAAGACGCGACAUUGAGCCAGGCUGCAUCCUGUACUUUGAAAACGCUCCAACCACGCACGCAAGCCCCUCCAAGGACACGCGAAAAGAGCGUCGCAAUAAAAAAGUUCAGACUUCGAAAUCGCGACUGCAAAACAAGGGCACGCCUUCCUCUAGCGGCGAAACCACAAACAACUUUAUGCAUAUCUCCAUCCUUCGGCGCUUAACUUGACAAAAAAUCACGUCACGUAGUAGCAUAUCCUAGGGUUCGAAUUAGAAGAAACAUUGAUCGCAGUCUAUUCCACAACGUUCGUUGUACUGGACUUUGCAGUGUUUUUGCUCUAAUAAGGCCAACAGCGAGGAAAUGGCCACCGCCGUCGAUUCAGACGGCCCAACUGCCGUUGUGAGGAGUGACGAAGAGCUUGAAGUGGAUGGCGUUCCCGUCGCCGCUGGAGACACGUAUCUCUUCUGCGAAGGUUUCUGCCGAUUCGGUGAGGAAGACCUAUUUUAAGCUUGUAAAUUUACUGUUGGUUGUACGAGGUUUUCUAGUAACCUCAAGCAUUAGUAGGUUACAGUUAUGCAGUUCGGAUUUGGUCAUCUUGAAUUUUCUUAGCUUUGCGUUGUGUAUUCGUGUGUAAAAAAGGGCUCCGCGCGAGCUUUUUUCUAAGUUUCCCUCUGUUUGGAUUCCAAGGCGGACGGGAUGGCCACGAUUUACAAUGCGAUGGUGCAGCAGGUAUCCGAGCGCGCUCCUGUUUCACCGAGCAAGCUGCCGCUGGCGGUGGAUGCCCCUUUUCCCCGAGAGGAGUUUUUGACGCUUCAGGGAAUCGACGGAUAUUUGCGCGCGUAUAUGGGUGAGAUCCGCUACCUUGCGCUCUCAGAGGAGGGGCUGCCUCGCGUGGAGAAAUCAAAGAAGCGGAAGCACAUCACAGUGAAAACCACAAAUGCAGAUGGAGAGGAGGUUGAGCAGGUCGUCAGCGUUUCGGAGACCGAGACUGGUACUGCUUUGCACCCUCUCAUUUUCUCCUGAAGGUUCAUCAAUCAACAAUGUCCAUCUUGUCUUCUUGUUCACAUUAUCGGUUUUCUGUAUGGUCGCCUUGUUCCAUUUGUUAAUUGAUGCAUUCAUCUGUUGUUGAAUGUCAUACCGUUAUUGAUGGAGUUACGUGAAAUCUAUUAGUGUUUGUUGGCUCUCUAUUGCACCUAAGUAUCUGCAAGCUGAGUACGUACAAAAAUGUUUUCUUUUUUCUUAGAAAAGGCAUUAUUUUCUUUUUAAUUGCUGCGCAGCCGCGAGCAGUCUAGUUGCCGAGAGCGCUGGCACGCACCUGACGCAAGCGUCCUCGCAAAAGUCCAAGGGGCCUGUGAAUUUGCGGCUCACGCUGCGUCAGCAAGUGAAAUCCCGGUGGAUCGAGAACUAUCCUACGCCGAAAAACAAGCGACCGAAGCGCAUGCCGGUUUUCAACUCCCUGGAAUUAAGGCUAAUUGCAUCCUUCUCAGAAUCUUUGAUGGUCUGCACUUUCUUCCUUGUGAGAAAACUUAUGAAAGAAUCAAUGACUGCGCAAGACCAAAGAACAUCUACAAGGGACUCGAUACAUUAUUCCUGGAUGGCGAUGAAGGAGAAUGACAGCAGGGACACAGACAUGUCAACAAAGCAGCUUAUGUUAGGGCGUGCUGUAGCUAUAAUGCAUGAGAAUAUAGCAGUUCUAAUUCAGGCUCACCACGAGAGCGGUGCACUUUCGCCUCUGCACCUGUGCGUUCGCGCAGGAUCCGUCUCUGGCACUAUUGCGAUUUUGAACCAUCAGUUUGAGUUCGCGUACCGCCGCAUGCUGGUGUACCUGGCUCCGAACUUGCUCGUUCUGGCAGCUCAGAGCGGCAGCUGGGACACUUGUAAGUUCCUCCUCGAGUCGGACCUCAAGUUAUCACGAGGAGUCUACAUGCUAUCACAUAGAUACUCUUGCGUUUCACAGUUUCUACCUUCAACGAACUUCUUCACUCGUCUCGAUUUCUUAACACAGGUUGAUUUUUCAUAAAAACACAUCUACGUCAAAGCUACUUACUGUGUGCCUUCCAAACCUGAAGGAUGAAGCCAAAAGUGUUGUAAGAGGCCAAAGACAGAUUCAUCUUUAGACCGAUGAGGCAUUUUUACAAUUUUUUUUCUAGCUGCGCUAAACGAUCCGGCUUGGCAAUUUGAGAAGAUAUGGAAUGCGGUAUUGCAACGUGCGCAGCACGAGGCCGCGGUGCGACAAUAUCCACAAGUUUGCCGCUUGUUGAAACCGUUCCCGCGAUUGCCAGACCGGACACUUGAGUACCGCUGCUACGUCUAUGGCUUUCCGGUCGGGGUCUUAAGGCUCGUUAUUUUUCCAUCUUCUUUUGAAAUAUUGCGUUGAGGCUAAGGAAAGACUAAUUAAGGAAAGUAAUAAUUCCUAGAUUUAGCGGAAUAGCGAAGAACGGGAUAAGAAGUGGUUAUUGCGAGACGCUGCUGUUAAAUCAGAAGUCCACGACAUGAUGAAAACUUCUUUUUACUUCAUCAGAAGGUACCAUAGUGUUAGUAUUACUAGGCAAUGUUGCGGACAACGCGGCCUGGCAGCAGAGCCGCGGACCUUGAACCUUGAGCCUAGUAUUACUAGGUAAUGUUCCUGAGUAUUGCUACUUAGGUAAUCUUCCUAUGAUUUGAAAAAACUAUUUCUAAGGAUGGAUCCAAACCAAUUCCGAGAUUGGCUGGACGAGCGGUUGGAGGAUCUCCGCCCGCGCGAGUCGGACGCGGUUCCGGAGUAUCACUGUGGCAUCAUGCAGGACCAUCUCGUGAACGCGCGAAAGAAAAGCACAUUCUGGGUUUCGACACAGGAAUGGGAAACGUUCUGCAACGUGCUCGAUGUGCAUGGGGAGACUUACACUUAAGAACAUCAGCAACAUUAACUCUAUAAUCUUAAUGAUUGACACUAAGAAAAUAUCCGCGUGCUUACCCCUAUUCUUACUCCCUUUAUGCUCUAUAAUGAUUGAAUGUGUGACUGUCAUCUGGCAUGAUUUUUGGGAGUGCCUGACUGUUAUUCUGGCCACCUUGGUCAUUGUUUUAGUCCCUUUGUUCGACUGAUUGCGAGGCAAGAAAGCAAUUCUCCGGAUGUUACGUGUGGGAUGAAGCAAUUCAGAGGCAAAUCAUCGCGUAUUGAAAAUUUUGCUAUGCUCUAAGGCAGGUAUCAAAAACCGAUCACGUAUCUAUGGGAACGCAAGGUGCCGCAUCUAGUAGCUAAGGAAGCUUUGGCGCAAAGCACGCACCGGCCGCACAUGAUAUCAGUGAUGGCCUGCUAUCACUCCGAGUUCAUAUCGCAGUAUUUAAGGCAGAGAUAACGAGACAGAGGUUUUUUGCACGUGUUCGUAGAAUAGUCAUUUGUCUGAUUUGGUUCAGAGAUGAAUAUAAACAUCUUUUUCAAAUCAAACAUAUAUUUUUGAUAAAGCAGUGAUAGAAUAAAAUGGUCGUUUCGCCUGUUAGUUGAGGAGUGUCCAUUUUUGAGACGCGGUCGCUGAUGAUUAAAGCCAUUUCUUCGUUCUCGGUCUAAAGUAUCUCGCGGCGGUGCAGAGAAUACGCCUGGACGGGGAGAGCCCAAGGCGGAAACGCGGCGUCUCGCCGACAGGCAAGCAGCGGCGGCUGCGGGCUCUCGGUCCGUACCUGGGUGGGGAGCAAGUCCGAAGCGAAGACUACUAAGAUCGCUUCUAACGAUGCCUGUGAGUACGAUUCAAAGUACGAAUACUUCUUCCACCGGCUUGAAGUCUAAGGCAUUCUGUUUCAUGAAGCGCACCUGGGCGCUUUUCUUGAAUGGGGUAUGAUGGUUAGUACUGCUUGUGCUUUGAUUUUUCACUUCGGGCAACUGCUGUGGCUGUGGACAUCUCAAGGGAACAACCAGUGUGGAUACAUCACGGCUUGACUCAUGCUCACUCGCAG